AUCAACUAGUUAAUAACAAUACAAAUAAUAUUAAUCAUUCAGAGAUGACAUUACCAGUAAUAAUCACAAGUGAUUUGCACAUAAUCUUCGAGAAGCUUGACAGAAAUGGCGACGGUUGGGUAAGUUUAGAAGCUUUAUGUUAUCUCUUCCAUGAAAUAGGUCUCUCCACGACCCAAGACGAACUCGAGCCACUCGUCGACGGAAAAACAAGGCUCGAUCUCAUUGAUUUCGUUUGUUUCUACGACAACAUCAUUAACACUAUUAGUACUGACGAGGAAAAAGAGGUUGUUGAGGCGUUUAAGGUUUUUGAUUUGGAUGGCGACGGACAUAUCACGGCUGAGGAACUCAAGAGAGUGUUGAAGAAACUGGGGAUGUGGACGGAGGAUUGUGGAACAGAUUGUGAUACUAUGAUUCAAGCUUAUGAUUCUAAUUCUGAUGGUGUUCUUGAUUUUCAAGAGUUUAAGAAUAUGCUCAUGUUUACUAACUCUAAUCCUAAUCCUAAUUACAAACUUUGAUCAUUUUAUUAGGAAUGUUGUUUUGUGUAUAUUUUUGUAUGGGUUAUGUGUUUUUAUAGAGGGGCUCUGUUUCAUUUGUUUUGAAAUAAAUUAUUUGAGUUUUUUAUUUUAUUUUU